UUACUGUAGCAACUUAGUCAUUGGAAACAGAGACAGAUUAUGGAGUGGGGCAGUGCUUAUGUCUACACGGGAGCUCUGAGGAUGAGAUGCUUUCAGAAACUGAGCUAGAGGAGGGAAUGUACCUCAGUCUCAGUGACAACAGUGAUGAUGAUGACGUUAGCUCUCCUCCUCUAGCUGUUAUCCCUCCUGUUCCACAGCCACAAUUCAGAAGGAACCUAACAGCUAAACCACCAAGGCUAGCUCCAACUUUAGAUGAUGGAUCUGGUGAAGACACUGAUGAUGAAACUGAAGAUGAUGAUGAUGAAGAAGAAGGCGAGCAAAUGAUACCUCGUCAAUCGGCUUAUGCUGAUUUAACAUUUCCUAACCAGCAAGGGCAGGAGGAGGAGGAACAGAUUGAGAGAGGUGGUGAAAACAAGGGAGAGUACUCAUCUGGAAAAUACGUUCAAAUAAGAGAAAUGGAGCAAGAAAUAAGAGAUCAGGCAGCAAAAGAGCCAAUGAGGAUUGCACCUCAAAGCACUAGUGCAACUAUACCACCUCCACCUCCUCCCCCUGAGCCAACUCCUAAAGCAUCUUCAUACAGUGUACCUGCUCCUCCACCAAUAAAGCAGCUGCACGGGAUAAUGAAGAAAGAGGAAUUGAGGAAGCAAAAAAGGCAAAGAGUUCGCUGGGACAAAAGCUAUAGAGGCAGACGUAAUAACGCUUCUCAAGGUUUUAAGACUCGUCGUGCUGAUACUAAUGUACUAGCUGUCAAGUUCAAUACUCUUCAAGAGGCAGGGCACAUACACACAGGAGAUGCACAAUUUUGUUCUAAUCCUAACUGUGGAGCUGUUGUUAGUCACUUGACUAAACUGAUUGGAGAAGAAGAUGCUGAAAAGAGGGUAUGGAAUUGUGAGUAUUGUGGUACAGCAACUGAGCUUGAUAUUGUAAAUGAAGAGAUACCAACAGAAGAGGAUACAACUUACCUCAUUACUCCUGCUUCUAUAAUGGCUGCUGAAGGAGGAGCUCCUAUAGCAAUGGAUGAAUCACUAGUUGUAUUCUGUAUUGAUACUUCUGGCAGUAUGUGUGUUACUACUAAGGUGUCUGGUCAAUAUGAUAUUCGCGGAGCUAAAGAGAAACGAGACAAAAUGAUGAACAGUUUUCCAGCUGAAGUCCUUGCAGAAUUGCGCCAACCAGAGUAUCGACACAUGCAAGCAAGGCAGCAGAAUGUGACAUACAUAUCAAGAAUGGAGAGUCUUCAAGCAGCUGUAGAUACUCAUUUAUCAAAGCUGGUCCACUCUGAGCCUAAUAAAAGAGUAUCAAUAGUUACAUUCAGUGAUGAUGUUACUAUAAUGGGUGAUGGUAGGAUGGUACCUGUAACUAUUGCUGGGGAUAAACUGUCCAAUAGUAAAGCUGUCAUAGAUAGCGGAAAGGAAAUACCACUACCUUCUACUAUACGUGAAACUCAGAAAGCUUUAUCAAAGAACUUAUACAG